ACAACAACAGACUUUGGCCAUAACUUCUUUCAGAAAACGUUGACCAUAACUUCUUUCAGAAAACUGUCAGGAAGAGAUAAAAAGUCACACAAUUUCGGAUACUCAACGGGUCUACAAAUAAUUACUAGGUGGCAACGCUUCCAACAUAUGUGUGCCCUGGCAUCGAUAAUUUUACAUCCCUAUUUUGAACGCAGAAUUCUAGAAAAUUCGACUCGCAGGCCAACGUGAGACGACAGAAUCAGCUAAAGAAAGCACUGCCGGAUAGAAAUCGCACCCACAUCAACCAGCAUUUCAUACAACCACAGCCAGUUAGUCCGGAUUUAGCGAUGGCCAAGUGGGGAGAAGGAGAUCCGCGCUGGAUUGUGGAGGAGCGCCCCGACGCCACCAACGUGAACAACUGGCACUGGACGGAAAAGAACGCCACGCCAUGGUCCAAGGACCGCUUGCACCAACUAUUCCAAGACUUCAAAAUAGGCCACAGCGACAUCGAGUGUGUCGUCGACUCUGUGGACAAGUGCUCCGGCGAGGCGACCGUCAACAAUCGCAAGGGCAAGCUCAUCUUCUUCUACGAGUGGGAGCUGGUGCUCAAGUGGUCCGGCAAGCUGCUCAAGAACAGCAUGCUCAGCCACAAGGGCAAGCUGACCAUACCCAAUCUCUCCGAGGAAAACGACCUCGCGGACGUGGAGAUCACGGUGACCAUCGACGAAUCCAACGACGAGUCGGAGACCCUCAAGCAGUUCAUGUACAACGUGGGCCGCGACCGCGUGCGCCAGCAGCUGGGCGCCUACAUCCGCGAGCUGAAGGAGGAGUACUCCAAGAACCUGAUUCUACCAAAGAAGGGCGAAGAUGCUUCGGCGGUAAACGCAGUGGCGAAUGCCAAGGAUGCUAAUAACGCUAGGAACGCCGCUCAGAAGGCCACAUCGAACAGCUCGUUGGCGGCGCCCAAAGCGAACAACUCGAGCGUCGGCUGCAAGCUGGACGUACGGACCCUCUCCCUGACCGAAGAGUUCCACUGCAGCGCCAAUGACCUGUACAACGCCCUCACAAAGCCGGACAUGGUCACCGCUUUCACGCGGGCCCCCGCCAAAGUCGAUGCCGUGCGCGGUGGCGAAUUCAUUCUUUAUGGAGGAAAUGUGCUGGGAAAGUUCGAGGAGCUCGUGCCCGAAAAAAAGAUCCAACAGAGCUGGCGUCUGAAAAACUGGUCUUCUGGUCACUACUCAAAUGUUGUAAUAGAGCUGGAGGAAACUUCGUCCAGCACAAUGAUGUCGCUCAAGCAGACCGGGAUUCCCGCCUCCGAAUACGAUGCGAUGAAGACAAACUGGUACCGGUACUACUGGCACAGCAUCAAGCAGACCUUCGGAUUCGGUACCUCCAUAUCCGACUCCUUAUAAGUGGACGCUUUUGGUCCGGAAAGCACGGGAUUGAUUGGGGAUUUGGUGGCCGGUGGAUCAUUAAACGAUUUCCAAUUGUACUCUACCAAUUGUGCUGCGAGAACUUCAUUUCCACCCUUAGCUGUAAUUUCUGUUAAUUAUGAAGGCUCUUUCAAAACCUCAUCUGUAAUGUUGAACCGAACAGCCAACGGCUCGUUUACAACAGCUACAGUAGAACCACAUUACAUACACUUAAACAAACACAAUUCACGCUUCCGACAUUGAUUUCACACAUUGCUGAGAAAAAAAUAAACGAAAAAUUAGAAAAAUAUUUUUUUUUGUAAUUUUGGAUUGUACAUUAAUAUUAAAUUUGUUACAAGUAAUGGAUUUAAACCUAAAUAUCUUGGGAUAAGUAUUGAAAAAAUCAUUGAAACAAACAAACAAGUAUUACAAUAAAUUCGUGGUUCUUUCAUUUGAAGUUUA